AUGGCCGACGACGAGAUUCAGAGGCUGCGCCAGCUUUUGGAGGAUGAGAAGCGACGUCGGCAAGAAGCGGAGCAGGCUCAACGGGAAGCGGAGCAGGCUCAACGGGAAGCGGAGCAGGCUCAACGGGCAUUAGAAGAACAAAUACGGCCCUUAACACUCUUUGAAUAUCUUGAUGCCUGCCACACUUAUCUCUUUGGGGGUCUUGUCCCUGGCAAACCCGACCAUUCAACCAAAGGGAAUGCUGACAAUGCUGAUGGUAAACUUUGUCCUCAUCGCAUCCGCGAAUGGCUUCCGUUUGCCGAUGCACAGACGAAAAUAUGGGCCCCGUUGCUGAAUGAUGAGAAUGAGGGUUUCAUUAUGCAGCGCAAAUUUGACUCCUUACAUGCAAUUAUGGCUAUGGGAAAGAAAACAAGAAAAAACAUUCACUCAGAAAUCGACCUUCGCUAUUUUCAACGGGAUGCCAUCACAGCGCCCGUAGGGUCGGUAAUAGAGGUCUUCUUUGAGAAUGAGCAACUCCGACAGUUAUUUGGGCUUCAGGGACAAAUCACCUUUGAAAACCACGCAAAUACACUUACCAACAGUGAGGAGGAUGAGGGAGUUGUGGCGCGUCCAUCAAAGCUCCGGAAAGGAACUGGAGGGACUGCAACACCUACCCACCCUCCAACUUCCGCCCGACCUCUGGCAGAUGAGUUUUGCAUUUACAAUAAAGGUGAGAAUGUCAAAAUUCCUGCCUUGAUUGGUGAACUCAAGCCACCACACAAGCUCCCACUGGCAAUUAUUCAAAACGGACUUCAAGAAAUGGAGCUUGCUGGGAUAGUCGAGCGACAUCAUGAUGAGACAGAGGAAGUUCGGCAUCGUCGUUUGGUCGCUGCAGUCAUCACCCAGGCGUUCUCUUACAUGAUCAAAGCCGGUGUUGAAUACGGGUAUGUGAGCACUGGCGAAGCAUUUAUUUUCCUUCACUUCAAAGCCGAUGAACCAGGGACGGUAUAUUAUUAUCUUUCAGUCCCCGAGCAAGAUGUGGGCAAGGAAACUGGAUUUACUGGAGAGGCCGAAGAUGAUGACAACAGGUUACAUAUGACAGCAGUUGGGCAGGUUCUUGCGUUUGCACUUCGAGCAAUAAGGACUACCCCUCAUGAUCAAAAAUGGAAAGACUGGGCCGCGAGUCAGUUGAAUACGUGGGUGGUUACAGAGGAAGAUUUAUAUUUGCCAACGCCGGAAAAGGACGAGAAGCCUCCAACACCUUACAGGCCACUGAAAAGUGCUCAGAUCUUUGUCAGGAAUAGCCCUGUCCGCACCCGAUCGAAGGCCGCCCGGUCAACCUGCAAACCAACAUCUUUAUCGCAGAAGAGCAGUGGGGACGAUAGCAAGUCUGACCCUGAUUCUCCUAGCCAAAGACCUCGCCGUCCUGCGGAUGUCAUGGUUGUGAUACCUCCGCCUCCUAACCGUGUAUCAUCCUACAAGGGCCCGGUUUGUAAGGAUGGAACUCGGCGAUAUUGCACGCAAAAAUGCUUGCUAGGUCUCUUGAAUGGUGGCCCGCUGGAUAGGGCCUGUCCAAAUGCCAAAGAGCAUGGAACAGAAGUCCAUAAGAUCGACCACCCCACUUUCCUCUCUCUUCUCAUGGCACAGAUACUACAAGAAAUAGUAGAUCCUUGGACCCAGCCUCUGGGUUGCGAAUCGCUGCAUAGACACGGUGCUCGUGGUGCACUGUUUGAAGUCACUCUUUUUCAAUACGGGUACACUCUUGUAGGAAAAGGUUUUCCUCCGGAGUUUGGCCGCUACCUCAGGCAUGAAAAAGCGCUCUACAACCAGUUGCAGCCAAUCCAAGGUGUGCAUAUCCCUGUAUGUCUUGGCACAAUCGAUGUGUCUAAGCGGCCCAUGUUCUACGACGGAAUUACAGACAUUCCCCACUUUUUACUUCUCGCCCACGCAGGCACUGAAGUCUUAAAAUGUGAUGUUGCAGAUGUUCAAAUUGUGUCUGCUGCAUCUGAGGCAUUGCAGGCCAUUCAUGCGCUGGGUGUACUACACCAUGAUGCGGAAACAAGAAAUAUGUUUUGGAGUGUGGAAGGUCAGAAUGUGCUGGUAAUUGAUUUUGAAAGAGCAGAGAUUCUUCGCCCUGAAAGAGCGCCUUUAGGAAACACAUCACCGAACCAGAAGAGAAAGAGGGGGGUCGAAAGUAUGGGUGGAGAAACAAAGCUGGAUGUGAGACAUAAGCAGCUUGACGCUAAAUUUGAGAGAGAGCUGAAGGCGAUGGUGUGGUCCUUGAAUACAUAUCUCAACGUGGAAUGGCUUGCGACGGCUCUGUUCAACGCCAAAGUGAAACAGGCGGAUCAAUUUCAGCACGCUGUCCUAAACGAUGUCACUCUGAUCAUACCUAAUUCCGAAGCUACUUUGAAAGGAAUCUCGGAUGAGGCCAUCGCUAAUGUAUUUGGUCCUGAGAUACAUGAUGCAAUCACUGAAAGUCCUAUACGCAGAUUGGAGGAAUGCGUGUAA